AAGAAAUAUAUUAUAAUUCAGUGACCAUUUGAGAACACGACUGAUUUUAGUUGGACAACGUUCACGACGUUGACAUGCCACAUAGGAUUUUUGUUGGUUGUAUCAAAGCUAUUUUAAUAAUCUCUUGUUUGGUGGGGAUUAAAAUCAGCUUUUAGUUGAAUUUAAAAAAAAAUAAUAAAUUGUGUGAUUGAAAGUUGUGGAUUUAAUGAAUUAUGUGGUUGAACUUAGUUGUUAUUUUGACUUAAAUUAAAAUUAAAAUUUUAAUUUUCCCCAAACAUAAACAAAAUCUAUCUGAACAAUGGAUGAGUAUCCCAUUGGGAAGUUGAGUGAUUAUGGAGAAAAAUUUUGAAGUUCAGUGACUAAGUAGUAACAUAGGAAAAUGACCAAUUAACUUGCAAUAACACAAUCUAGUAAUUUACCAAACAAGGAAAAGGAAUAUUCCAAAAUAAUUAAUAAACCCUAUAUUGUCGACAACUAUUUAUCACACCCACGAACCCUUUAGGACCUCCAUCCUCUGCAUUUUGUACUUUGUCCCAGAAAGUUGAAAACCAUAAUUUUUCAAACCGACGCUCUCUCGACAUUCCACCUCUCCAUUUCCAUAUAACUUUAUAGAAGAAAAAGAAAAAACUGCCAAAUUCUAUACCGAAAAAUAGUUACAAGAAAUGAGAGGAAGAUUUUCUUCAAAGAAAGGAAUUGCCAAAAAUGGUGGAAUAGUAAUAGAAAAAGUUGAUGAAAUAAAUCAAGAACCCCAUCUCUCAGGUGCUUAUAUUCGUAGCCUUGUCAAACAAUUGACCUCUUCAAGAUUAACCAAAGAUUCUGCACACCCUAAAUUGCAAGAAAUUUUAGAGGGAGAAGGGAUUUCAAGGACAAAAAUGGCAGAUCAUGAAUUUAGUGAAAGAGUACAAUAUUCUCCUCAAUAGCAUAAAAAACAAGUUAGGAGGAGAAUCCCCAUUGGCAGGCCUUAUCAAGAAAGGCUUCUAAAUAUGGCUGAGGCCAGGAGAGAAAUUGUCACUGCUCUUAAGUUUCAUAGGGCUGCUACGAAGCAAGACAGCGAGAAGCAGCAAAAGCAAAAUUCCCAACUUUCUUUAAAACAAGAAUCAUUACAGAAAAACGCGGCAUUAGUUACGGAUUUUUCCAGCUUUGAUAUCAAUUUCUCCGAUUCAUCAGAGUUUUGCCCUCCCUAUAAUCCCUACACUUGGGGUUUGUCUCCAAUUAUACCACCAGUACUUGUCCAAGAAAAUAUGAAUUUUCCACUCCCAAACCAAACAUUAGGCCUGAAUCUUAAUUUUCACGAUUUCAAAAACUUGGACAUCAUUGCUUAUCACAGCACCAACAACUCAUCGAUCUAUUCAUACUCAUUUCCAUCUUCUUCUUCUUCUUCGCUGACACUUUUGACCCCGGAAGUAAUUCCUUCCAUGGCUGCAACAUCACAGGAGGGUCCUUCUUCUGUGGUGGCUACUGAUGUUGCAGACUUAGGUUUGCGUCCAGCAAUGAAUGAUAAUGAAAUGGCGGAGAUAAGAUCAAUUGGAGAACAGCAUCAAAUGGAGUUCAAUGAUUCACUGAAUUUAGUCAAUUCAGCCUGGUGCUUCAAGUUCUUGAAUGCCAUGGAAAUUGGUCCAGAGGAAAAAUCAGAAGAAUAUGGGGCCUCUCCAUUUGAUGUGGUCAUGGAGUUUCCAGCCUGGUUGAAUGCAAAUGAAAGCUGCCUGCAAAAUCUGAAUGAUUAUUAUUCUGAUGAACACCUGCAAGAUUCUGCUUUACCAUGCAUGGACAUCGAGGAAAUUGACGGAAUGUAUGGGGACUGGUUAGCCUGAGAAAGAUUGAUUGGAUUUUGCUGAUCAAAUUUCUGGCCUUCCCCUACAAAUAUUAAUUUAUUUCCAAUUUUCUCUCCUAAAAAUUAAGUUUUUCUACAAAAAUUUUAAUGAACAAUAAAUAAAAGGAAAGAAGGAGAAAUAUUAUAUUCCUCUGAUUUAUGUUCAUUAGAAUUUUGAUAUUCUUAAAUUUGUAGUAUUUCCUUUGUUUUUUAGUUACACAAUUACAUUUUCUAUGCC